AUGGAUUGUAAACUUCAUCAAUUACAAGCUGAAUUACGUGAACAUGGUCCAUAUUUUGAAGCAACUUUUCCACUUUCAAAUAAUCCAAAGGAUUUCGAUACAUAUUUAUCGAUGAAUAUUAUACGUCCUGUUGUUCGUACUAAUCUUUCAUUCACUCAAUUUAUGCAAGCUGAUAGAAUUGAUCAACAAAAAUAUAAUAAUCUUAUUGAAAUUAUUGACAAUGAAAAUAAUGAAGAUUUGAUUAAAGUUGAAUAG